AUGUCGUCAAAGUGGCAAGUGAAGAUAUCGCAAUCGCGUGGCGCGCCAUACUUUUUCAACCCAGAGACGAAAGAGUCAAUCUGGACGACGCCCCCAGACCUCACUGAAGAGCAAGCUGCUGCCCUCCUCAGCGAGGCACAAGCUGCCAAACGCUCUAGUGGCCAAGUCCGCGCCAGCCAUCUCUUGGUGAAACACAGCGGGAGCCGCCGGCCUGCAAGCUGGAAGGAUCCCAACAUUACACGGUCCAAAGACGAGGCAAUUGAAAUUCUCCGGGGAUUCCAGAGCGAAAUUGGCACAUCGGCUGACAAGUUUGGUGAACUCGCGUCGGUACACUCGGACUGCUCUUCCCAUUCGUCGAAGGGCGAUCUUGGCUGGUUUGGGCCGGGCCAGAUGCAGAAGCCGUUUGAAGAGGCGACUUUUGCACUGAAGGUGGGGCAGAUCAGCGACGUUAUUAGCACGGACAGUGGAAAGGAAACCAAUGUGUAUGUACAUCUCAACAAGGCCUUUGCAGUUCACUUCUGCAGUCUGAAUUCACUGAUUUUGUAUUCUCCACCUCGGGCCAGAAUCGGUCUAUCAUCUACUUCGUUCGCCUUAGGUAAACUCCCACUCUUCGCCUUGCCAGGAACACCCAUGUCGGAAGUACGGGUCUCUCGAAUCUUCGUCCACCCCAUCAAGAGUUGCAGAGGUAUAUCAGUGGACGAAGCAAGAUUCACGCCAGAAGGUCUUGAGUAUGACAGACUUUGGUGCAUCGUGGACCAAGAUUCCACAAUCAUCACAGCGCGAGAGUCUCCCAAGAUGGUCUUGAUCACAUCGGAGAUUCGUAAAGACCCAACGGCUCCGCACGGCGGUCUUCUUUCGGUAUCUUUUCCCGAGGAAUCAGGAUGCGAGUCGUUUUCGAUUCCACUUCGCCCCAGUCAAGAGCAGCUUGAACAAUGGCAACGCGUUCCAAAGGUAGCAAUGCAAGGCGAGCCCUUUGGCGAUGGGUUUGUCUGUGAAGCCGUAUCUGGCUCUCGCUCGGUAUCAGCCAUCCUUUCAGAGUACUUUGGUCGGCCUGUCAACCUCGUCUACAAAGGCGCGGAAAUUCGCACUUGCGAGACGACCGAAACCCAUCCCGAUUUGGCAGCAACUGCCGUUUUCCAAGAUUGCUUCCCUGUGAUGGUAUUAUCCGAGGAAUCGACGACACGGAUUGAGCAAGAAGUACGGAACCACAUAGGCAAACAGGGCGUCGAAGAACGUUGGCGGACGGAUAGUUUGUUGAUUGAGAGAUUUCGCCCAAAUAUCGUCUUCCAAGGCGCAGGCCCAUUCGCAGAGGAUGGCUGGAAACAGAUUCGGUUUGGAGACGGCCCGGUGAUCAACCUUGUGAGCAAGUGUAAUCGGUGUCUACUCCCCAACGUUGACCCCGUCAAAGGCGAGCGCGACAAGGCAGUCCCUUACAAGAUUAUCAUGAAAUUUCGAACUGGGGUUGAUCCAGUCAACAAGAUGAAGCCCUGUGUGGGUGUGAAUGCGGUUCCGCUGAGCGAGGGAGAGGUGCGGGUUGGAGAUGUCGUCCAUUGGGAAUAG